AUGGUGCUCAUGAAAGUGAAAUUCGACCUGCAGAAGCGAGUGAAGCUAGCCCAGGGGCUGUGGCUCAUGUACUGGGUAGCCGUGAUGGCGGGCGUGCUAAUCUUCAGCAUGGGGCUCUUCUUCAAGGUGGAGCUGCGCAAGCGGAGCGAGAUGAUGGACAAUAACGAGAGCCACUUCGUCCCCAACCUGCUGAUCCUGGUGGGCCUGCUGGCCUGCGGGGUCAACGCCUUCGGCGGGAAGGUCUGCCACGACUCCCUGGACGCCACCAAGUUCGGCAAGUGGAAGCCCAUGAUCAAGCACUUCCUGUGCGGCUGCGUCCUCUUCAACGUGCUCCUCUUCGUCACGGCGCUCCUCUGCUUCUGCCUGCGGCUGUCGCUCCAGUCCACGCUGGCCGAGGGGCUGAAGAACGGCAUGAAGUACUACAAGGACACGGACACGCCCGGCCGCUGCUUCAUGAAGAAGACCCUGGACAUGAUGCAGAUCGAGUUCCGCUGCUGCGGGAACAACAACUACAGGGACUGGUUCGAGAUACAGUGGAUCAGCAACCGCUACCUGGACUUCAGCUCCAGCGACGUCAAAGAUCGUGUCUUGAGUAACGUGGAGGGGAAGUACCUGAUGGACGGAGUCCCGUUCAGCUGCUGUAACCCCAACUCCCCCCGGCCGUGCAUCCAGUUCCAGCUCAACAACAACUCUGCCCACUAUGACUAUGACCACCACACCGAGGAGCUCAACAUCUUCACCCGUGGGUGCCGCGACUCCCUGCUGUCCUACUACGGGGGCAUGAUGAACAGCAUUGGGGCACUGGUGCUACUUUUCACCAUCCUGCAGGUGGCAGUAACAGUGGGGCUGAAGUACCUGAGCACAGCGCUGGAGACCAUUACAAACCCCGAAGACCCGGAGUGUGUGAGCGAGGGCUGGCUCCUGGAGAAGAGCGUGAAGGAGACCUUCAGCAGCUACAUGGAGAUGAUCAAGUCGCUCCGCAAGGGCAAGGUGGAGGAUGGGGCAGGCGGGGAGGCGCAGGGGAGCUGA